CUUGUGAAGCGCAAUUUCAUCUUAUUCAUAAUACCGAAACCGAAACAAAAAGAAUGUAAUUGAUACUUCAUAGUCUUGGAUAUGACGCGUAAAUUACCGUGGAAAAGGACUGAAAUAGGCUCGACCAGCACUCCAAGAUCACCAACGUCGACUCCUAUUAGGCAGCAAAAAGCAAAGCGCGAGAAUACCGACGAUGACGAUAAGCAGGUCACAGCUUCACCUAAUCCUGCUAAAAGGAUAAAGAGCUCUCAUUCUGCAUCUGAGUCCCCAGCACCUAAACAUACACCCCAAUCAGGAUCGUCACCGCUUUCUCCAAAGCCACUACCCGAAAGCUACAUGAUUGAGGGUCUUGAUAAUGACGACUUAUAUCGCAUGGUAGAGGAUGAAUUCUUAUCAACGGCCCAGCAGUUCACCGCUCACCUCCAUGCUGCCGAGUAUCAUCGUCUAAAAGCAGCCUCAAAGUCGCAAAAUGCGGAUACCAUUAGGGACAUCUCAAGACCAGUAGUCGGGCGGAUGACCGACUUGGUCAAACAGAAGCAAGAACGCAAGACUCGCCUUGAGAAGCAGAAAGCGGCGACUAGAAAGGCGAGGGCUGACAGAAAUCGAAAUGAUGACUCUACCGCGAGUGAAAGUGACUUAUGGCGUUCCGCAUCUUUGCACGGACUCAUGGAAAGCCCAAGAAAGAAAGCGGCGCGUCUGGAUAAGUUAACCAAGGUGGUAACUACAACUCGUGCUGCUGCUGGGUUUAGCACAACCAAGUCCGGACAAUUAUUUACUACUUCUCAUCCGACCCGUAAGGACCUCACAGGUAGUAGACCUAUACAUCAUUCGACGCCGAAGCAAGACAGUGAAACACAAAGUGAUGACGACGAAGACCUCGAUGGCCCUUCUGCUAAGAUAUCUACGAACUUAGUUAAGAAACUUCCACCAUCUGCGUCUCAACCCCCAAAGCCAAGGCAAGUCUCAAGUACUACAAGUAACAGUCACCCCCUACGCCGCUCGGAGAAAAUCCACCCCAUCAUCCAACAACCAGAAGCCAAGGCUACGGCAACUACAAAAGGCUUAUCUUCUUCCGACGAGGCUGACGGCGGCGGAGACUUCCUAAACCGCCUCAAGCGGCGCCAAGAAGACCGCAAGCGCAACCGGGAGCAAAGAAAACAAGCAGCGUCAAACAGAGCACAGUCAACAACAGAUGAUAUCAUUCCAGGCUUUCUCUAAACUACCCAAGUUAUAGGAGGUAGGUAGGUACCUAUCUAGGUGUAUAGGUACCUACAUAUAUACAGCACAACAGCAAUCACGACGAUGACGAAGGCUCAAAAGGCGUCUGGAAUGGCUGUUCCGCCUGCGGCGUAAUGCGCGCCAAAUGCCUGCGCUGCCCAUUCUUCCAGUCAUGCAGCGCCGAGUGCUGCGUCACGCGGUUAUCCCAGACGACGACGGUGCCUUCUUCCCAUUUGACGCG